AUGGGAGGAGUCGGAAGCCAACUACGUCGAGAAGAAGUUGAAGAAUUAAUGAGAAAAUCGAAAUUUAAUCAAAAAGAGCUCAAAAGGAUUUAUCGAAGAUUUGCCAGACUUGACCACGAAGAAAAAGGCUGGGUUAGUGUCGAUGACAUUUUGACGCUUCCUGAAUUAACAAAUCAUCCUAUGAGAGAUCGGAUUGCUCGAAUGAUGACUAUUGACAUGGGUGAAGUCAUUGAUUUUAAGCUGUUUGUAGAAACUAUAUCACUAUUCAGUGAUAGGCUGAAUCCUGAAGAAAAGCUCCGAUAUUUUUUCAAACUUUAUGAUAUGGAUGGAGAUGGGUUUGUUGGGGAAGGUGAAUUAUUUGUAAUGCUGAGAAUCCUGGUAGGUGGGUCAUUAAAUGAUGCACAAGUCCAAAGCAUUGUGGAUCAAGUGAUCCAGCAGACUGAUAGAGAUAAGGAUGGAAAGCUGAAUUUUAAAGAAUUUAAAGAUAUGUUGGGGGAAACACAAGAAAGUUUUAAUACGAAAAAUUCUAAUUAUUAA